GGAGAGAGCGAGGUGGGAGGGUAGAGGGCACUGGCUGAUAAGGCAGUGGGCACAUCUAGCGUGGUGCACUGCCAGGCGUGAUCGCGACUCAAACAGCAACACCCAGGACCACCCCUGAAAACCAGCGGCUCCUAGUACCCUGAAGGAGGGGUCCCAGCCCCUGCGGGGUCUCAGUGCCCCUGGAGGUGGUCGCUGUGGCAGAUCUGCUGGCCACGUCGUCUCUUCUGUCACCGACUGCAGCAUGGGCAACUUUAGAGUGGAUGACUUCGUGGCCGGGUGGAUUGGAGGAGCCUCCAGCGUCGUGGUGGGGCAUCCCAUGGACACAGUGAAGACUCGACUGCAGGCCGCCUCUGGGUACCGUAGCAUGUUCCACUGCAUGACCUCGAUCUACAGGAAGGAGUCGGCGCUGGCUUUCUUCAAGGGCAUGUCCUUCCCUCUGGCGAGCAUCGCCGCCUACAACUCGCUCGUGUUCGGGGUGUUCAGCACAUCGCGGCGAGUUCUGGAGUCGCUGAGACCCCCCGUGGGCUCCGGCGUCCCGGGGUCUCACCAGCACGCCGCCGACGCCGCGCCGACGCGCACCCCCGUGUCCGAGCUGAUGCUGGCGAGCGCGCUCACGGGUGCCGUGUCCGUAACCGUGGGGGCGCCCGUGGACCUGGUCAAGAUUCGACUGCAGAUGCAGACCCAGCCUCCUGCUCCUCGUGCUCUCCACGUUGCUCCCCUAGGCCUACAGCCGUGCUCACUGUACCGGGGCCCCAUCCACUGCGUGUGGCUCACGGUGUCUCGCGGGGGGCUGCGGGGACUCUACAGAGGGGCCGGCGCGAUGCUGCUGAGGGAUGUCCCGGGCUACUGCACGUACUUCGUGCCCUACGUACUGCUGUGCCAGCUCUUCACCCCCAGUGGCCAGCCCGAGCCCUCCAUGGGUGCGAUUUGGGUGGCAGGAGGACUGGCAGGAUCCUUGUCCUGGGGUCUCGCUACCCCCUUCGACGUGGUGAAGAGUCGCCUGCAGGCGGACGGGGUUGUGGAGACUAAGUACACCGGGGCCUGGCACUGUGCCCAGCACAGCUACCGCGCAGAGGGGCUCCCGGUGUUUUUCCGGGGUCUCACCGUGAACUUGGUCCGCGGGUUUCCAAUGAGCGCCGCCGCCUUCCUCGCCUACGAGUUCAGCCUGCGCGCCAUCCGCGGCAUGGGGCAGGGCGCGGGGCUGUGACCCUCUCGGCGGGGGCGGUGGGGAGGGGGGUGCAGGUGGCUGGGUGGAUUGGAUGCGAUUGGUGGAAGGUUAGUGGAAGGUUGGACGGCAGAGCCGCCGGAGGGAGGGAGGGAGGCCGGGUGGACGAAGCUGACGUUGCCCCCGGCUUGGGCUCACAUAAAAGGAGGGAAGCCCCCACAACGGAGCUGUUGUUUUUAUGUCUCCAAUGAAUCAAGAGGGAGUGCCCCCACGGGACAUCCUGACCCGGGCCUCAAGGAAGAGCGUGGAUGGACGUGUGGAUGGUGGAGUUGUCACCUUCGGGAAGCGGUGGCUCGACGUGUUGAUGCCAGCUCUCACCUGUGUGUAUGUAUGUCACCUGUGUGUAUGUGUGUGUGUCACCU